AUGCGGCCCGGAGAAGAAACUGCGGCAUCGGCGGUGGACGGCAGCCCCCAACUUGGAAUAGAUGCGCUUGAACUUGCUGACAUCGCAGAAUCGGCCAAUGCGGAAGGACCACCAAGCCAAACAGUCGAACCUCAGGUAGAUUCCUUGCUAUGGGAAACAGACGUGAACGACGAUGCCGAGGUCGUCACCCCAUCGCAAAACAUGGACUUCAGCUUCGACUCGGACUACGGGAGCACGCAAUCCAGCACCGCUUUAAGCGGGGACUUAAGCGAACUGAGCAGAAGCUCCCUGGAAAAGACCAGCUCAGUUUCUCCCGUCAACCUCUUUGAGCACACUGUGGACAAGCGUCAGUCCAGCAAAAGGUCAAAAAACAGGCUCGUUUCCAAAAGUAGCAAGAAAGCGCAGAACGGCGUCUCGCCAAAGGACACUGAUGGUGACAAGGAACGCGGAAGCGUACGGUCCCGUCGCAGCGUCACCGAAGAUGUCAGCUGCUGCUUCAGGUCCGUGCAUAAGGGAUGCUUGCAGUGUGUGGAGGAGACGCCAGCCAUGUUGGCGGGACUGGUGCUCUCGAUGGCCUUCUGUGUUAUUAUCAUUGUCCUUAUUCCUACCACGGGAAGGAACAUUAUCGUCCACGUGGGAGCUCUGUCAAUCGUGUGCGUGGUUCUGUGUCUGAGCACCGGCCUGCUGGUGUGCCUGCCAUGGCUGGCCACCGUGAGGCGUUGCGCCGGCGCCCUUGCACUCUUUGUCUGGGGGACGCUGUACAUCACCGCCAUUGUUUUCAUCUUCACGGGAGGACCAGUCACUACGUGGGAGCAGGUGGCCUUCUUUCUCUUCCUGUCCCUGAGUGUCUACACAGUGCUGCCUCUCUCUAUGGCCUGGGCUCUCAUGGUUGGGAUUUGGACCAGUGUUACGCACAUCGUCAUCAUCAGUGUUUACGUCUCGGUAACAAGUCCGGAGACGCCGGACUUGGCGGUGCAGCUAGUGGCUAACGGGAUCCUCUUUGUGUGUGUAAACUGCAUCGGGAUUUUCCACCUGUGGACCACCGAGCACGAUCUCAGGGUCUCCAAACAGAAAAGGGAGGAGUACAGCGCUAUCCGCUCCCGGAAGGAAAUAAGGAAAUACCAGCAGGAGCAGCUCUUGCUGUCGGUCUUGCCACGCUACAUCGCCAUAGAGCUAAAAUCGGAGGUGAUCAAGAGACUGAGCAAGCCCAAGGAAGAUAAAGAAGAAAAUAGUUUCCAUAAUUUCCACAGUCUGUACGUCCGACAGCACAAAGAUGUCAGUAUUCUAUACGCGGACAUUGUGGGUUUCACAAAGUUGGCUAGUAGUUGCUCGCCAGAAGAGCUCGUUGCUGUGCUCAACAAGCUCUUUGGCAGGUUCGACGACAUCGCUAAGAAGAACGGAUGUCUUCGCAUCAAAAUUUUGGGCGACUGCUACUACUGCGUAUCCGGUCUGCCUGAUCCCAUCCCGACGCAUGCUAGCAACUGUGUUCAGAUGGGCUUGGAAAUGUGCACUGCUAUCAGUAAACUACGAGAGGCCACAGAAGUCGAGAUCAGCAUGCGUGUUGGCGUUCACACGGGUAACGUUCUCUCCGGGGUCAUCGGCUUGCAAAAAUGGCAAUACGACGUGUGGUCACAUGACGUGACCUUAGCCAAUCACAUGGAGUCAGGAGGCGUCCCCGGGCGAGUCCACAUCACCGAGGAGACUCUGCGACACUUGAACGGCGCCUACCAAGUAGAGGAUGGCGACGGGGGGAGUCGUGAUCCGCUUUUGAGGGGAAGGCAGACCUACUUGGUGCUUGACCCCAACACUACAAACAGCACGCUACAAAGACCUCAAAUGGGGAACCUUCUCGCCACUGUUGAGAGCAGGAAGCGGGCGUCCAUGCGCAUGACUCAGUACCUCAAGUCGUGGCAGAACAUCCGGCCUUUCGCCGAUCUCAGCAAUCAUCACGGCAAGCCUUCCAAGAAGAUCAACGCCACCACGGCCAACCAGCAGCAGUCAUUGGCCGAAGGACCUCCUUGUCACAACAACCCCUCCUGCUUAUUCGUCGACAACGGCGUGAGGGGAUCACUGGACACGCUGGACAUGGCCAAGAGGAGAGCCAAGAGACUAGACUGUCUGACGUUGCUGUUCAAUGAUGUGAAGCUGGAGAAGCAGUUCCGCCUGUCAGAGGUGAAAGGCCUACACCAGUCCAUGAGCUGCCUAGCCUUGGUCUUUGUCACCCUGUUUGCUGUCCAGAUGCUCGUUUCUGACAAGAACUUUGAAUUAGCCGUGUCCUACGGCGCCUCCUUUCCUGUGCUGGUGAUUCUUUUGUCCUUCACGUUCUGCGGCUACUUGCGGAAAAUGCGUUCCAAGACACCGCGCCGCGUCCAGUGGAUUUCGAGACUGUCUCAAAGCGUCUCGGCCAAGGCGGCGCUGCGGCUGUUUAUCGUCUGCUUGAGUUUGCUCAUCACACUCCUGAUGGCCAUCCUCAAUUUUGUUUUCAUCCCAGGAAACAACUGCACCCAAAUCGACGACAGUAGGGCGUUGGAGGAGCUCAAGCUGUACACCGUGCCCUACUACCUGUACUGCUGCUUGCUGGCCAUGCUGGGAAUAAUCGUUUUCGUCAGGAUUUGUUUGUCGGUGAAGGCUCUGCUCCUCACGCUGGCCGUGGUGGUCUACUUGGCCCUCUUUCUCCACGUGUAUGCCGGCCGCUCCUCCUGCCUGGUCAGCCUCCUGUACAACAACACCACCAAGCCCGGUGUGCUGAAGGACCCUCGGAUCAUGUCCGGCGUUUGGUUGGCUAUCUUCUACAUUGUCUGCCUAAUCCUGGCCAGACAGGACGAGCUGGGCUGCCGCGUGGACUUCCUUUUGGAGCACUGUUUCAAGCUAGAACAAGAGGAGAUGGAGACCGUGGAGAACGUCAACAAGCUUCUCCUUCAGAACGUUCUGCCGCUUCAUGUGGCGUCUUUCUUCAUCGGCAAAACCGUGCGCAACCAGGACCUGUACAGCCAGUCGUACGAGUGCGUGUGCAUCAUGUUCGCCUCGGUGCCUCAGUUUAAGGAAUUUUACAGCGAGAGCAGCUUCAACAGGGACGGUCUGGAGUGUCUGCGACUCCUCAACGAGAUCAUCGCCGACUUUGAUGAGCUGUUAUCCAAGCCGAAAUUUUCAUCCGUGGAGAAGAUCAAGACCAUCGGCAGUACGUACAUGGCGGCCGCGGGACUGACGCAAUCCUGGGACGACCAGAAGAAAUGCGACAUGUCCUACAGUCACGUACGUGCCAUGGUGGAGUUUGCUAUUGCUCUAAUGAACAAACUGGAACUCAUCAACACACACUCCUUCAACAGCUUCAAACUGCGGAUCGGAAUAAACCAGGGCCCGGUCAUCGCCGGAGUCAUUGGGGCUCAUAAACCGCAGUACGACAUUUGGGGGAACUCUGUCAACGUGGCGAGCAGAAUGGACAGCACGGGAGUGCUUGACAGGAUACAGGUGACGGAGGAGACGGCCCAGGUGGUCCAGAGCGUCGGCUACGGCAUCACACUCCGAGGAGUCAUCAACGUCAAGGGCAAAGGAGAGCUGACCACGUACUUUGUCAACACCGAUCAGUCUUCCCCGCAGUUCUGA